AUGGCUGUGCUAGACGCGUCCGCUAGCACAGGGGAAGCAGCUGGAAUAAGCCCAGAUAAAGUAGAAAUUCACUGGAGCAGGCAGGAAGCAGAGCAGUGUGAAGAAGAGGCACAGCGUCUGCAUCCUGUCACAGUCGCCACCUUGCCCAAGAGAAAGGCUGAAGAGGAUGCAAAAGGUGAUAAAGCCAAGGUGAAGGACAAACCACAGAGAUCUGCAAGGUUGUCUGCUAAACCAGCUCCUCCAAAGCCAGAGCCUGAGCCUAAAAAGGCCCCUGCCAAGAAGGGAGAGAAGGUACCCAAAGGGAAAAAGGGAAAAGCUAUUGCUGGCAAGGAUGGGAAUGACCCUACAGAAAACGGAGACGCCAAAACAGACCAGACACAAAAACCUGAAGGUGCUGAGAUUCCAAGUGAAGUGUGUGUAUUUUUGAUAACUGUAUACUUCUGA